AUGUCAUCAACUACACCGAAUAUCUCUUCUAUACCAGUUCAGCCGACAAUAAAUUCUUUUACUAGUCGAAUUAUGUCAGAUGAUGGUAAUGAUUCAAUGAAUGAAGCUUUAGAUGCCACUAAUGGUAACACAGAUAAAACACCAGUCAUUGAUGCCAAUGAUAGAGAAUGUGAUAAUGCUGACCCUGAAGAGUGUGAAGAAAAUGGCAAGUUUGAUAUGGUAAAGAUGAGAGAAACAGCUGCACAUUGGAUACUUAUGCACGAGCAUCCUUUUUCGAUUAUAGAAGAGGAAGGUUUUAACAUAAUGCAAAAAUGUGGGAUGCCUGAAUGGGAAAAGCAGUUACAGUUACCUGAUAGGAAAUUCAUUCUCGAUUGUAAAACACAUUGGAAUUUGGCAUUCGAGAUGUUGUCGAUUGCAAUCAAAUUCAAAGAAGUGUUUCCGAGACUUAAAGAGCGAGAAUCUCAUUAUGAAUGUUGUCUAAGUCAUGAAGAUUGGGAAAAUGUGGAGAAAGUUUGUGAGAUUUUAGAAGUUUUUAAUUCAGCCACUAAAAUCAUCUCUGGAAGUGAUUAUCCAACUUCAAACCUGUUUCUGAAUGAAGUUUAUCAUGUGAAAAUGUUGUUGGAUAAAAGGAUGAAUGAUGAAAAUGAAUUUGUUCAAGCAAUGGUUCGUAAGAUGAAGAGUAAAUUUGAUAAGUAUUGGGGAGAAUGUAAUUUGUUGAUGUCUAUAGCAGCAAUCUUGGAUCCAAGAUGCAAAAUGAGGGUGAUUGAGUUUUGCUUUCCUCGAAUCAAUGAGCAUAGUGUUGAAACUCAAGUGCAUGAUAAUGGUAUUAGUGGUAUGAAUAUAGAAGCUUCUUCUUCUGGUUGGUUUGAAUUUGCAAAUUAUGUAAAAUCAGUUGAAACUGCUCAACCACAACAAUCUGAUUUAGAUGUCUACCUAGCUGAAGGCUAUUUUAUCUGUGAAGGAGAUUCCACUAAGUUUCAUGCUUUGGAAUGGUGGAAAGCGAGCACUUUGAAAUAUCGUAUUUUAUCUAAGAUGGCUCGGGAUAUACUUGCUAUUCCUAUCACUACAGUGGCUUCAAAAGCUACCUUUAGUGCAGGAGGUAGAGUUAUUGAUACUUAUCGUGCUUCUUUAUCUCCUGACACAGUGCAAGCAUUACUUUGUGAAAGAGAUUGGUGUCGGAAUCUUUAUGGAGUGAAGAAGAAGAACAAAAAAGAGAAGAAAUCAAUUGAGAUUGCACUCAAAAUCCCCUAA